UAGUGCCGAGUUCCUUGAAGAAAAUUAUUUUAUGGACAAUGUAUGAGUCUGUUUUCACACUGCUGAUAAAGACAUACCUAGACUCACAGUUCUGCAUGGCUGGGGAGGCCUCACAAUCGUGAUGGAAGGUGAAAGGCACGUCUUACAUGGCCACAGGGAGAAUGAGAGAAUGAGAGCCAAGCGAGAAGGGUUUCCCUGUACAGAACCAUCAGAUCACAUGAGACUUACUGCCAUGAGAACAGCGUGGGGGAACCACCCCCAUGAUUCAGUUAUCUCCCACCGGGUCCCUCCCACAACAUGUGGAAAUUAUGGGAGCUAUAAUUCAAGAUGAGAUUUGAGUGGGGACACAGCCAGACCAUAUCAGACAAGAAUCAUCUUCUCAAAUUUGGGGUGCAUGGCUGAGUGCACACACCUGUGAAAACUGCAGGAUGAAUGCAUUACAACUUCCCGGAACAAGUCAUUUUACCUAAGUGAUUGGAAGGGGAAAGCCAAGUGAUCUGCUUAUCUGCCCUGCCUUACCAGCUCUCUGCCCCUCUCUGAGCGUGGACCCUAAAAGGGGAGGAAAGGAUGCCUUCCGCACGGGGGAAAUCCAAAUCCAAGGCACCUAUAACAUUUGGGGACUUGGCCAUCUACUUCUCCCAGGAGGAGUGGGAAUGGCUGAGCCCCAUUCAGAAGGAUUUGUAUGAAGAUGUCAUGUUGGAGAAUUACCGGAACCUGGUCUCGCUUGGUCUUUCGUUUCGGAGACCAAAUGUGAUCACCUUAUUGGAGAAAGGGAAAGCGCCCUGGAUGGUAGAGCCAGUAAGAAGACGCCGGGCUCCUGACUCAGGGUCUAAGUGUGAGACCAAGAAGUUACCUCCAAAUCAAUGCAACAAAUCUGGGCAAAGCAUCUGCCAGAAACUAGUUUCUGCACAACAAAAAGCUCCUACACGAAAGAGUGGCUGCAACAAAAAUUCAGUCGUAAUAAAACCUAAGAAAGGGCAUUCAGGGAAGAAACCUUUAAAAUGUAAUGACUGUGGUAAAACCUUUAGUCAAAGCUUCUCUCUUAAACUUCAUCAGAACAUUCAUACGGGAGAGAAGCCUUUUGAAUGCAGUAAUUGUAGAAAAGCUUUCAGACAGAUCUCAUCCCUCCUACUUCAUCAGAGAAUUCACAGUGGAAAGAAAAGCCAUGAAUGCGAUAAAUGUGGGGAAAGCUUCAAUCAAAGAACAACCCUUAUUCUACAUAGGAGAAUUCAUGAUAGAAAGGAAAUUCUUGACUGUGGGAAGGCCUUGAGUCAAUGUCAGUCUUUCAAUAUACAUCAGAAAAUCCACGUUGUUGGGAAUGUCUACCAGUGCAGAAAGUGCGGGAAAGCCUUCAGUCAGAUGUCAUCCCUUUUACUUCAUAAGAAAAUUCACAAUGGAAAGAAAACACAUAAAUAUAAUAAAUGUGGGAGAGGCUUCAAAAAGAAAUCAGUCUUUGUUGUACGUAAAAGAAUUCAUGCUGGAGAGGAAAUCCCUGAAAAUGCGAAGGCCUUAAGUCAGAGUCUACAGCAAAGAAGUCACCAUUUAGAGAAUCCGUAUAAAUGCAGAAAAUGUGGGAAAUUAUUUAAUAGGAUUUCACCCCUGAUGCUUCACCAGAGAAUUCACACUUCAGAGAAACCGUACAAAUGUGAUAAAUGUGACAAGCUCUUCAGGCGGCUUUCAACCCUUAUUCUGCAUCUAAGAAUUCAUAAUGGAGAAAAACUAUACAGAUGCAAUAAAUGUGAGAAGGUCUGCAAUCGGCAUUCAUCCCUUAUUCAACAUCAGAAAGUUCAUACAAAGAAAAAGAAACUAUUUGAGUGUAAGGAAUGUGGGAAGAUGUUUUCUGGAACUGCAAACCUUAAAAUACAUCAGAAUAUUCAUUCUGAAGAGAAACCUUUCAAAUGCAAUAAAUGCAGUAAAGUUUUUGGCCGCCAAUCAUUUCUUAUUGAACAUCAAAGAAUUCAUACUGGAGAAAAACCCUACCAGUGUGAGGAAUGUGGAAAAGCCUUCAGCCACCGAAUAUCUCUCACGCGACAUAAGAGAAUUCAUACUGAAGAUAGACCCUAUGAAUGUGAUCAGUGUGGGAAGGCCUUCAGCCAGAGUGCACACCUUGCCCAACAUGAAAGAAUUCAUACUGGAGAGAAGCCAUAUACAUGCAAAACAUGUGGUAAGGCCUUUAGUCAGCGCACAUCUCUUAUUCUACAUGAAAGAAGUCAUACUGGAGAGAAACCCUAUGAAUGUAAUGAAUGUGGGAAGGCAUUUAGCAGUGGCUCAGACCUUAUUCGACAUCAGAGAAGUCAUUCUUCAGAGAAACCUUAUGAAUGUAGUAAAUGUGGGAAGGCAUAUAGUCGGAGCUCAUCCCUGAUUCGACAUCAGAAUACACAUUCUGAAGAAAAAGCCUAAGGUUGUUUUAAAUCUAUAAAAUCAAUGAAUUAGGCUAUCAAAGAUAUGGCAAAUAUGUAUUUGUCUAUAAUGUAAAUUUUGUGUAUAUGGGACCAUUUGAUGAUAUGUCCCACUUUGAAAGCCAAAGAGCAAAAGUCAUUGGUGAUUUUGACCUCAGGAUUUGAAAUUAACUGAAGGAAACUUAGAAGUUUGGUCAGUCAUUGUGAAUGAAGAUCAUUUUUCAUUUCAUAAGAAUUACUGGCUGGGCACAGUGGCUUACACCUGUAACCCCAGCACUUUGGGAGGCUGAGACGGGUGGAUCACGAGGUCAAGAGUUUGAGACCAUGGUGAAACCCCGUCUCUACUAAAAAAUACAAAAUUAGCUGGGUGUGGUGGGGCGCACCUGUAAUCUCAGCUACUGGAGAGGCUGAGGCAGGAGAAUCACUUGAACCCAGGAGGUGGAGGUUGCACUGAGCAGAAAUUGCGCCACUGCACUCCAGUCUGGGCAACAGAGCAAGACUCUGUGUCAAAAAUAAUAAUAAUAAUAAUUACUGAUAUUUUACUUCCAGCAUAGUUUUAAAGAUAAUUCAUUGGUCACAUACAACAAAGUAGAAUUGUGAAGUCCAUUAUAGGGCUCUGAGCCUGAUUUAAGGUCACAGAAGAAAGAAUUUGAGUCUGUUUCUCAGAUCUAGAAUUAUCAAAUAUAAGGAACUUCUUGGCAAAACAGGGUGCCACUUUCAGCUGACAAACUUGUGGGUGAGAAUAAAGAAAAGUGAGUCUUUAGGUAGAUAAAGUUGUCACUCAUAAUGGUGUAUAAUGGUAGAAACCUUACUGUACCAUCUCCAUGGAUAUGAGGAUAUAUGAUCUUCAUGGUGUGAACAUCUAACAUGGCUGAGACAAGCUAUCAGUAAAAGAACCAAGAUAUAUGAAGAAUGAGGAUUUCAGAGCCAGGAGAAAUCAGUAUUGUUUUAUUUGGAAAUAAAUCAUCUAUAUUUAUAUGAGUAAACAUUGGUAUUUUCAUGUAACAAUACUGGUAUGCAAUAAGUGGUGUAAUAUGAGUUGUUAUGGACUGAAUGUUUGUGUCCCCCCCCAAAAUUAAUUAUGUUAAAAUCCUCACCAUCAGUGUGAUGUUACUUGGAAAUGAGGCAUUUGGGAGGCAAUUAGGAUUAGAUGAGGUCAUGAGGCGUGGAGCCCUCAUGAUGGGAUUAGUGCCUUUAUAAGAAGAGACAUCAGGCUGGGCGUGGUGGCUCACGCCUGUAGUCCCAGCACUUUGGGAGGCCAAGGCAAGUGGAUCAUGAGGUCAGGAGAUUGAGAUAAUCCUGGCUAACACGGUGAAACCCCAUCUCCACUAAAAAAAAUAUACAAAAAAUUAGCCGGGCAUGGUGGCAUGUGCCUGUAGUCCCAGCUACUCGGGAGGCUGAAGGAGAAGAAUCGCUUGAACCCGGGAGUCAGAGGUUGCAGUGAGCCAAGAUCACACCACUGCACUCCAGCCUGGGCAACAGAGCGAGACUACGUCUCAAAAAAAAAAAAAAGAGACAUCAGAAAGCCUGCUUGCUGUCUGCACCAUGUGAAGAUGCAGCAAGAAGCCAGCUGUCUACAGAACAGGAAGAGAACCCUACAAGAACUUAACCAUGCUGCCAACCUGUUCUCAGACUUCCAGACUUCAGAACUGUGAGAAGUAAAUUGUUGUUUAAGCCACCCAGUCUAUGAUGUUUUGUUAUGGCAGCCCCAGCUAAUAUAUGGAGUGGAAACCCUAGAUUUAUAUACUGGGUUCUUUUCCUGUCAGCAGUUCAACAUGUGUAGUAGCUUUCAGUCUCUGCUGUUUGUGCCAAAUAUCUAAGAAAUAAAACCAGAUAACUUUUUUGUACUUGGAUCAUAUACAGUUGGGCUCUUCUGUUUAAGUUUUCCUUCUGUAAAAGUUGUUUUUGAGAAUACCUAAAGUUUAAGAUGACUUUGUGGAAUGUGUGGAAUGUAUAUGGGUUAGAUCAUCCUAACUUUGACCACAAAUGAUAAAACAACAAUCCAAAUUGUGAGGGUUGAGCAUGCAUACAGGAUAGUACAACUAACUUCCCAUUUAAACUUGUUCUUUCAUAUUUGUAAAGCAAGCAUAAAAAUCCACCCCUUGGAGCAAAUGGGUGAGCAGACAGCACAGAGGUAACUCAUGGAGAGGCAGGUCUUUUUUCCUCCAUUUCUACACACACCCUCUAGCUUGUUAAUUCCUCUGCCAAUCUGCCAUACAAAUACAUGUCAGUCCCAAAUGAAUUGUGACACACCUGAAGACUGGGGAGAAGCAAGAGGAUGCCCUGCCCACAGUCACCUAAUUUCUUCAGGUUUAUCUCAUUGCCUAUUGCAUUUCUUGCUCCUCUUGGGGAUUUCAAGAGAGCAUUAGAAUGGCAAUACAUGACAAAGUUAAACUUAACUUGGAAUUACUUGUGAGAAUUGCAUAUCGUCACUGCUUUAUUUCUGGCCUAGUCAAAAAUCCUCAUUUCAUCUAGUUUUGUCUAUUCUCUUCUAUUCUUACACUCUUAAAGGCAUUUGUGAAAGUGCAAUAAAGGUAAAGUAACUUUGGGUUCAUGUGUCCUCCCAACUGCUUGGAACUCAGUUAUAUCCUAAUAGGCCGAAUCAUUUAUUAUUUAAAUUAUUUUGCAUUACAUGAAUUUAAAAAAUAUAUCCAAACUAAGAAGGAAAUCAACUUUGUGUUUUUUUAAAGUCCUGAAAACUUAACUGGCAAGAAAAAUGUUUUGCUUUAUUCCUAGACUGUUGCAGGAGAGCCCAUUAUUACAGUAUUUUGCUUUUAAUAGAUGCCUAUAGAUUUCCAGCUUUCAUUAGCAAACACUUUAGCUGCACAUUUGUUGUGCAUGUAAAUACCCUGGACCAAUUACUGCUAAAUCCUGUGGAUAUGUAAACUAAUAAGACACUGUUCUUGCCAGCAGACACAGUUUACCAGGGAAUUCAGAUAAUAAAAUAUGGAAUUCUGUAUAAGGUGCAUAGGUAGUACAGAGAAGAGGAUGAUAAACUUCAUGGUGAUGGAGGUAUGGGGACAGGGAUUGUUUUUGCAGAUAGUAUUAAAGGAAGAACAUGAAUUUACUAGGCACACAAAAGUUGGAAAGCUACUGAAGGCAAAGAGAAAAUUACAGAUGGAUAAAAUAAUGGCAAACAGUAAUAGAGUAUUUGGGGAGUUACAAGUUCCAGCGUUUAGUACAAUGACACAUAGUUCAAUGGUUAGCACUCAAUAUAUAUUUGAAUGAAUGAAAAUUUAUUAGCAUAGAUGGGCUAUCUGAAGCAUAAUCCAAUGGGACCUAAACCUGAAGGUCGCCCUGACAUUGAGAUAGACCCUUGGGAAAACCAGUUCUGACCCUAAAGAUAAGGAAUCACUAUUCAUAUUUGAAACCUAUGGUGAACUUAUAACCACAGCAACAACAAACCAUAAACCUUCCUCAAUUCCUAGCUAUAAUUAUAAAAAUCUUAGCCAUCCACCUCCCACACACUAAAGACUACAUAGAAAGACAUGCCCUUUCCAGGAAUUAAAUCCAUUUACCUUCAUAUCUAUUGUGCUACAGAAGAUACUUGGCUUUCAGGAAAAAAAAAAAA